GCCUGGCCCCAGACAAGUGCUGGUGCUAUGCCAAACAUGUUGCUGGUGCUGUGGGGCACAUGCUGAGGAUGCCACAGCUAAACCCUGCACUCUGCAGAGAGCUGCACCAAGGUGUGUCAUGGGCAGCUUCUUUCACUGAUCUCAUCUCCAGAGGGCUGAGUUGGCAGGGUCCAUGGUGGCCCACUGUGUGCCACAGCAGCAUGUCACUGAGCGAGGCACAGCAAGGGGCAGCCAGCAAGGUGCUGGGGUGCUGCUGGUCUAGGGAUCAGCAGGAUGUCAACCCAGCACAGCCAGGCAGUGCCCCUGGCCCACCAGGCACCCUGGCACCCAUGGCAGGAGCCCUCCUGCCACGGUGACCCUGGAGGGAGCCCUUUAAUUUUUGGCAAUAACAACUUCUCCCACUGCCCACAGAUGUUUGGGCUCCUGCCAGUGAUAUCAGCCCAUGCUUUCCUCCCUCCCUCCCUCUGUCCCUCCUUCCCGCCCGCCCUCCUCCCAUACUGGGACUAGCAGAGCCAGCAGCACUGCCGUGGGAGCCUCCCUGUGUUCCCAGCACCGCAGCCAUCCCACAUGCCCAGCCGGGCGACCACUGGGCCAGAACAACCUCUGCCUUGCCACCAGACCGGGUCGGUGCAGGAGCUGUGGCAGCCGGGACACUCCCCUGGGGCACAGCAAUGCUGGGGCUGCGCCCACAUCCGCCGUGGGGCCGGUGAGUGGGCUGGGGGGACACCCCAUGAGGUUUUGUCUGCCUGAAGGGUCAGGCCAGCAUGGAGCCAGCCAGCACCCUUUCCAACACCUCCAGUAACGGCAGUGGCACCAGCAGCAGCGCCAGCAGUGCCCCACACUCUCCUGCAGCCACAGGGCUCAUCCUGCUGGCCGCCCUGGCCAUCCUCUUGGCCACGUUGGUGGGCAAUGCACUGGUGGUGGUGGCCAUCUCCACCAGCCGGGCUCUGCGGGCUCCACAGAACCUCUUCCUAGUGUCCCUGGCUUUGGCAGACAUCCUGGUGGCUGUCCUCGUCUUGCCCUUCUCUCUGGCCAACGAGGUGAUGGGCUACUGGUACUUCGGCGGGCUGUGGUGCAGCCUGUACCUGGCGCUGGACGUGCUGCUCUGCACCGCAUCCAUCGGGCACCUCUGCGCCAUCAGCCUCGACCGCUACUGGGCCGUCACGCGGGCGGCGCGGCUCAACCUGCGCCGCAGCCCGCGGCGGGUGAAGGGGAUGAUCGGGGCAGUCUGGGCAUCGGCGGCCCUGGUGGCCCUACCACCGCUCCUGCGGCCACGGCCAGGGGGCCGGGAGUGCCAGCUGAGCCAGGAGACCUGGUAUGUCCUGGCCUCCUGCACCGCCUCCUUCUUCGUCCCCUGCCUCGUCAUGGUUGCAGUCUAUUGCCGCAUCUACCGCCUGACUGCCCAGCGCACGGCCACCCUCCUCGCCACCCGCUCCUCCUGCCCUGCCAGCAAUGGAAAGGUGUCAGGAAAGGUGUCAGGUGUUGGGAUGCCAGGAUGGCGGUGCCGGAGCCAGAACCAGAGUGUGUUGCUCUGCCGGCGGCGGCUGGUGCGGGCACGGGAGCGGCGUUUCACCAUCGUGCUGGCCGUGGUGAUGGGGGCCUUUGUGCUGUGUUGGUUCCCCUUCUUCUUCACCUACAGCCUGGGGGCUGUCUGUGGGGAGGGCUGCCAUGUCUCCAAGCCCCUCUUCAACUUCUUCUUCUGGAUCGGCUACUGCAACAGCAGCCUCAACCCCCUCAUCUACACCCUCUUCAACCGGGACUUCCGUGCCGCCUUCCGCCGGCUCCUCACCAUCCCACGCCAGCCCCGCACCUGAGGACCUGCUCAGACACUGGAGACGUGGCCCCAGCCUCACUAACCGUUGGCAGCACCCGGCUUCAGCACAAACUCUGGGCAGCAGUGCCAGCGUGCAGGUUGAGGUGGUUCUGGAGAUGCAGAAUUGAAUAAAAUGAGACCAAAGCCUA